AUGUCGACAGAAAUACCUAUUCCUGGGGCGGCCAUACCCGGACUGCAAGGCCGUCGAGCAUCUUAUCGCGGAGCCAAUUGCAUGCUUGCCAUCGCCGAGGCAAAUCGCGCAUUAUCUGCUCUACGAGUCCGCAAAGCCCUCGACAUAUAUACCUGCGUGCUCGAAGCGAACAACGGGCAUAUUGUCGCUUUUUUGAAUCGCUCCCUUUGCUACCUACUUCUGGGAUAUCCGACCCUUGCAGUAGCCGAUGCUCAUCGAGCGGUCCUCGCGAUUAACCAUACAAUGAAUUCGUCUACCGAUACACUUGAUGCACGCACCCAUCUGUACAAUAUGUGGCUAUUUGUCCGAGAAGCGGAUCCAGAGCUCGACUCAUGGACGACUGGGCCUAAUCAGUAUGCUGGGGCUGGUCGAUUCCCGUUUCUCAACGUUCCCCUCGCCAGCCUGACCAUUGAACCGGAACCGGAACGUGGCCCGGAGAGCUGCAUUGUAGACGAAGCAACGCCAAUAAAACGGACGUCAACCCAUCUCUUGCGUAACGUAUGGCUAAAGGCUUACUAUCGCCUUGCCGUUGCGUUGUGGCAAUGUGGUGGUGGCGCAUGGCAAAGCGCUGUAGAUCAAAUCGAUAUUGUGAGAGAUAUGAAUGACAUUUCGAGGGAUGAUAUCUCUUGUUUCCGAAAACUAUGGGAACGAAUCGACACCGACGCCAGUGACAUAAUAACAGAGGAGGCUUUUAUCCACAGCUUCCUAAAACAUAGAGGCUUGGAGCCAAUUCCACCUGGUAGUUGCAUUCGGAGUUUGAUUCGAUCUCGAUUCACAAAAGCAAAACGUGAAGCAUUCCCAUGGGAUCGCGACAGCUUGGUGUGGGUGGAUACUCAUAGCCCAAUUCCACUCGAUUUAAGCAUGUUGACUGAAUCAUCCCCUGUUGAAUUCUUCUUCAAAAUUGGCAAUGGACCGGGCGCAUCAGCGAGAUUGGCAUUGAGGGCCAAACGGGGCAUUUAUGGCAACCAAUGUCUCCUCAGGGAAGACUCCGCUUUCCGUGCUGUUUUGCCACGUCCAGCAGUAUUCAACUACUACGCCGAGGACUCAGGUAUCGAGGAGUUGGGCAACAUCACCAGGAACUUGGACGCUACAGAAUCGUGUCAUUACAUAGAUUGGUCUUAUGACACCUCCGUACGUCUGCCAUACGAAGCGGUGCGUCUUCGUCAUGCAGGACGGUCGGAAAGCGACGGCAUCGAAGCAGUGUUCAACAUGAAUUACGACGGGUGGAUUCUCGAAACGAUCCGCAUGAAAAUCGAUGGCACAAUGCGCGUGCGCAAACUUCCCGAGGACGAUCCGCCAAGAGCGGACGGGAAUCCAAUGGACAUACGUCAUUACCAUAUGAAUAAAUACCUCGACCCCAUGUGGACCUUCACCUAUGGAGAGUAUUCGCAUGAGCGGCCGUCCAUGGGCGCAAUACAGCCUCUCAUUCAUGCGAUCACCCCAGCUGCGCGUGUUUAUACGGGUGGAGUACCUUCGGUGGCAAACGUCAAGGUGAUAAAUCUGGGGACUUCUAUCGAGGUUGUCUCUCAGGGCAGGAUCAUGCCCGGCGAAGUCCUAGUUGGCUAAGUUAUGUGACCAUUCUUGGUAGGUAUUUCACUUGAUAUCCACUCAUUCUUUCAAAGACCAGUUACAAGACUUUUAUAUUGUGUAGAGUGUACGUUUCGUGAUGUCUUUGUACUGGAGAUGUCUUGACGAUUCCAGCCUUAGACACUCCGCUGAUCAAGUCUAUGCACAUUAACCAGACUGACUCUGUGUAUGACUUAUUACCGUACCGAUGCGUGAAGUCGUAGUUCGAAGAUGUUGGUCGGUCCAAUCCACUGAGUGCGUGGAAGAGAUAGUACCUGAAGUUGAACUUCCAGAACAUAGAUUAUAUAAGUUUAGCUAGGGG